CUAUAAUUGUUAUCUAAAACAAGAAAAAGAAUCCUCAAUCAUUGUGAUAUUCCUCUUCGUAAGCUUCCCUGAACACUUAUUUUUGUCUGAAUUUUUCGUGGUUUGUUUUUUCCCUAUCUCCAUCUUCAGCCCGAUUGAAGCUUCCGGGAUUUUCUUCUUCGAAACAGACAACUGGUGGUUCUAAUAAUUACCCAAAAUCGAGAUGGCUGAUUACUUUAGUGUCCUAGUAGAUCGAAAUGGAGUGAGGUCGAGUAGUGAAGAUCUGCUUACCGCGAUUAUGCCAUUAAUGAAGCUUCUCUCCCUCACAGCAAUAGGUUUAUUACUUUCCCACCCAAAAAUCCAAAUGAUCCCAAGAGAAACCCUAAGGCUCCUAAGCAAACUUGUUUUUGCCCUGUUCUUGCCCUGUCUAAUCUUCACCUAUCUGGGUGAGAGCAUUACGCUUGAGAAUAUUGCUAAAUGGUGGUUUAUCCCUGUAAAUGUUUUGAUUAGUACUGGAAUUGGAUGUCUUCUAGGGUUCUUGGUAGUGAUUCUAUGUCGUCCUCCUCCUCCGUUAGUUCGAUUCACCAUCAUCUCGACCGCGUUUGGUAACACCGGGAAUCUUCCCCUUGCCAUUGUUAGUUCUGUCUGCCAUACUGCUGAUAACCCUUUUGGGAAACAUUGUCACUCAAGAGGGGUUUCUUAUGUUUCCUUUUGCCAGUGGGUUUCUGUUAUUCUAGCUUAUACUCUUGUGUAUCAUAUGAUGGAGCCUCCAUUGGAAUUUUAUGAGAUUGUUGAGGAAGGCACUGAGAUUGAAGAAUUGGUUGAAACUAAUGAUAAUGAUGUAAGUAAGCCACUUCUUAUGGAAGCCGAAUGGCCCGGGAUUGAAGAAAAAGAAACCGAGCAUUGUAAAGCACCCUUCAUUGCUAGGAUCUUCAAUAGCAUUUCAAAUGUUUCUCAAUCUUCAUUUCCUGAUCUUGAUCACUCUAGAGAUAGUAGUAGUACUCCUACAUACCCCGAAUCCAUUAGGUGUUUGGCUGAACCAAGAGUUGUGAGGAAAAUAAGAAUUGUAGCUGAACAAACUCCUAUACAGCAUAUUCUGCAGCCCCCAACCAUUGCUUCUUUGUUAGCCAUCAUUGUUGGGUUAGUACCUCAAAUCAAAGCAUUCUUCUUUGGCGCUGACGCUCCGCUAUUAUUCAUCUCCAAUAGUUUAGAAAUUUUUGCUGGUGCAAUGGUGCCUUUCGUAAUGCUAAUCUUGGGUGGCAUGCUUGCCGAAGGGCCUAAUGAAUCAUCUACACUCGGCCUACGUACUACAAUCGGCAUAUGCAUUGCAAGACUUUUGGUCCUUCCUGUAUUAGGAAUCGGGAUUGUCGUAGCUGCCGAUAAACUGAACUUUCUAGUUCAUGGUGAUCCAAUGUACAAAUUUGUGCUUCUAUUGCAGUACACAACACCAACUGCCAUUUUGUUAGGAGCACUUGCCAGCUUGAGGGGAUAUGCAGUUAGAGAGGCCUCAGCUCUACUGUUUUGGGAACAUGUUUUUGCCCUCCUCUCCCUCUCUCUUUAUAUCUUUGUUUACUUUAAGGCUGUGAUAUAAGGAUAGUUCUGCUACGAACUGUACGAGUUAUAUCAAAGGCUGUUUCAUUCUAAGGAAAUAAUUCUCUUCCUUCUCUGUUGUAUGAUGCUCAAUUACUGGUUGCUUGUAUAGCUUGGGUUACAAACUUGUGGUAUGUGAAUUUGUUUAAUCUAAGCUACAAAAUGUAGUAUGAAUUGAAUUUUUAUA